AUAGUGACAGUCCCUGGGAACUGGUGUAGUGACACGCACGCAGGCGCCGCCGUGUUGCUCUCUCUCUCUACACCCCAGCUAGCCACCAACCCGCGCCUCCUUCACCCAUCACUCGACCAAGUGUUGUACUCAGCACUCUUACGAACGCCAGUGAACCUUUGACACACCAAUAUUUCGAAGCAUAUUUGAGCGCACAGUGAACCCCCUCGUGGACGUAUAGUGACGCAGACAGUGUUGGGUGUAUGUGUAUAGUGUUGUUGUGAUGGUGCAGCAGCAUUAAGUCACCUCAGGACGGACAUGGUACUAGACUGGACAGAACCUGCCCACCACCUCAACAGCAUGGCCUCACACCUGCAGUAUUCGGAGGACCAGUGGGUGAGUGCAGGCGACUGGGUGGUGGAUCAAGAUACCGUCAACACCCUCCCGACGCUGACCACCACCUACACCCUCCCGACGCUGUCCACCACCUACACCCCACCGCCACUUCGACCAGACACAUCCGUCUUCACCACCUCUUGUUCUUCUUCUUCUGCGUCUUCUUCCACCACUACUACAGCCGUCACCAAGCUGGGUUUUACUGCCGGGAGCGCGGGGUACGGGUACACAGGACUGGAGGGCCGUGACGACUGGCCAGGAGUGAGUGACGCCCUGGUGUCUUACUCCACAGCUACCCCCUCACCUCUCCCCCCCAACCAACACUUCUACACCCAGAGCGAUGGCGUGAUGACGGAACUGGGUGGUGUAAAUGGUCACGCUGGCACGCCCGUGGGCGGUUACCCCCCGUCCUCUGUCCCACAGGCCACGCCCACAGGCUCCCUGCCGCCCACGUCGCACCACCCGGGCCCCCACACCGCCCACAGCCCCGUUGACCUCUCUCAGGCUCGAGACUCACAGCCGCCGCCCACGCCCGCUAUCCUCUACCCCCUGCACGACCCACAGACACAGCGACCCACGCUCCUCGACACAGCGUGGCCAUCAGCAGAUGUCAGGCCUUACGGAUUUCACAGAUAUCCCGCGUCAACGAUGCUUGCUGGGUCCCUGACGCCGCCCGACAAGGUGAAUGGGGAGGGUCACCACCACCCAGCUCAUCACCACCAUCACCACCACGCCCUCAUGCCUGUGAUGCCCACCUUACACACACCGCCCUCACCCCUGCCCACCCCUUCACCCCCCGUCUAUGACAGGUUUGCACCCAAGGAGCAGCGACUGACGAGGGAGGCGAUGCAGAGGUACCUGAGGGAGCGAGGUGACCAGACGCUAGUGAUCCUACACGCUAAGGUGGCCCAGAAGUCUUACGGUAACGAGAAGCGGUUCUUCUGCCCCCCGCCGUGUAUCUACCUGUAUGGGGACGGGUGGCAGCGCAAAAGACACGAGAUGCAACGUGCGGGGGCCACUGAACACGACUCCCAGCUGUGUUGUUUCAUCGGCAUCGGCAACUCAGACCAGGACAUGCAGCAACUCGACCUUAGCAAAAACUACUGUGCCGCCAAGACCCUGUUCAUCAGUGACUCGGACAAGAGGAAACACUUCAUGUUAACCGUCAAGAACUUCUGGGGCUCUGGGGCCGACAUAGGCGUCUUUCACUCCCGUAGGAUCAAGGUUAUAUCAAAACCGUCCAAGAAGAAGCAGAGUCUCAAGAACGCUGAUUUGUGUAUAGCCUCGGGGACAAAGGUAGCACUGUUCAACCGCCUGCGGUCACAGACAGUGUCCACACGCUACCUGCAUGUUGAGAAUGGCAACUUCCAUGCCUCCUCCACACAGUGGGGUGCCUUCACGAUACACCUGCUGGAUGACAAUGCGAGUGAGAGUGAAGAGUUCAGUGUACGGGAUGGCUACAUUCACUACGGCUCGACGGUCAAGCUAGUGUGUGCUGUAACGGGUAUGGCACUGCCCAGGCUCAUCAUUCGCAAGGUUGAUAAACAGACUGCCCUCCUGGAUGCUGAUGAUCCAGUUUCACAACUUCACAAAUGUGCCUUCUACAUGAAGGACACGGAACGCAUGUACCUCUGUCUCAGCCAAGAACGCAUCAUUCAGUUCCAGGCAACUCCAUGUCCAAAGGAAGCCAACAAGGAGAUGAUCAAUGAUGGAGCAUCUUGGACCAUCAUCAGUACAGAUAAAGCCGAGUAUCAGUUCUAUGAGGGCAUGGGACCAGUGCGGGCACCAAUCACCCCAGUACCUAUUGUCAGCUCCCUUCAUCUGAAUGGUGGUGGUGAUGUUGCCAUGUUAGAGCUGACUGGAGAAAACUUCAGUCCAAACUUACGUGUAUGGUUUGGCGACGUAGAAGCAGAAACCAUGUAUCGUUGUCAAGAAUCUAUGCUGUGUGUUGUUCCUGAUAUAUCUGCAUUCCGCAGGGGAUGGCAGUGGGUUCGUCAGCCCACACAGGUUCCUGUCUCUUUAGUUCGUCAUGAUGGUAUCAUUUAUGCUACCAAUCUUACCUUCACAUACACCCCUGAGCCAGGACCUCGGCAACACUGCCCCCAAGCCGACGAUAUUAUGAGAC